AUGCCCAACGACAACCUCCUCACCGACGAAUAUGUCGCUGAGCUGCUGGCUAAAGAGGCAGACGACUGCUCGCUAAAAUACUCCAGCAUGGGUAUGGAUGCGUUCCGCACCGACAAGAAACCGGCAAACCUGCCCAAGCCAAACACCCGUUUCCUGCGUCACAUCAUCAAGGACACCAACACGCACAACAAGAACCUCCUCGCCAAGGAGGCGGCUGAGUCCCGCGCGCGGCUGAAGGACCUCGAACACGCCGAUGAGAAGGAGAGGCGGAGGAAGGCCGGGCCCCAGGACAUCCGCAGGCGGCAGAUGGGCGACAUCAAGGCCAUCUUGGGAGACCGCAAGGACACGCCGGAGAGCCUGUUUGCAGUGUACUAUUCAAAUACGGCCACUGUUGAGCCCCGAUCAGCCGCGCCUUUCAAGUGGGAGCGAUCCGGCAGCGGUCGGCGGGAACGGGAGCGGGAGUCUGCCGGCGGCGGCGGCGGUGGCGACAUGUCCGACUCGGACCCGCUGGACGACUUCAUCGGGCCGGCGCCGGCACAGCAAGUCCGAUCGCGGGGCCGCGGGGCGGCGGCGGGGACGUCGGGGAUCGACAAGCGCUUCGAGACGGACUACGACCCCAAGGCGGACGUGGAGACGGCAGAGGACGCGGCGGGGGCGGGGGACUGGGACGACGCCGUGGAGGCGUUCCGCGACCGGCAGAAGUGGCGGCAGAACCAGGAGCAGCGGAUGCGGGCGGCGGGGUACAGCGACGAGACGAUCAAGAAGUGGAGGGAGGGCGGCGAGCAGAGGGACGAGCGGGACGUGCGGUGGGCCAAGGCUGGGGAGAAGCGGGAGUGGGAUCGCGGCAAGGAGGAGGAGGGGGUCAGCGGGCUGUUUUCCGAGUUCAACUGA